CGUGUCUACAUCGAAACGUGACCGAUACAAAAAAAAUGGACGCCCUACGGGAGCAGGUGAUGAUCAAUCAGUUCGUGCUAGCUGCGGGCUGUGCCAGGGAGCAGGCAAAGCAGUUGCUACAAGCGGCGCAUUGGCAAUUUGAGACUGCACUCAGCAUUUUCUUCCAAGAGGCGGCGAUACCCUCGUGCGCGCAAGGAGCCGGCACCCACUUCGGCCAAAUCACGCCGUGCAACACGCCAGCCACUCCACCGAAUUUCCCGGACGCGCUGUUGGCGUUCUCGAAAAUGUCAGCCGGUGACAAGACCCCCUCUGGUAUGUCACCGAGUCAGAACGGAUUGCAGACGAACUCAACGACGUCUGUGACGGCGAGCAUGCAGCAUCAUGCCGCGGGUGGUCGGUGUAGCGCGUCCGGGAACGCGCAGCAACAAACGACCCAGCCCCAGCAACAAUUCGGCUUGGGAGAGCCGCAGAGAUAAAACUGACCCGGUCCUAGUCGGCGAUGCGCGAGCACGAAACCACGUAGUAUAGGCGCGCGAUAAUGUUUCCGGGGCGAGAAUCGCGCGCCCCGAUACAGCGAGAUGGCAUAUUAGAGAAGACAGAAACGUACACACGCGAAAGAAGGAGCGGCUGAAGAAACGGAAAGGAGAGGAGGAGGCGACGCGCUGAGCCGUGCGACUCGUUCCUUGAGACGCGUCGUUUCCUGGAGGAGGAGAAGGAGGAAGAGGGGACGAAAGAAAAGAAGAGCACGUCCACGAGAAAACGUCUCUGUGGAUCGAAGACUACGUUAGCCAUGCACAAUAAUAGCGACGUUUGUGGUGUGCGUGUAUAUGUGCAUCAUGUACGUACGAACACGCGACAGUACCCGAGUGUCGAUUUUUCUCGAUGACGAUGAUCACGACAAUGUCGCCGCCCGUUGUUCAACGCGAUUACACACACGUGUCUCGAUCGCCGUUUGUUUCCUCCUCUGCUAUCUCGACCACCUCGAGAGCCUCGAGACACAGUGACAGAGGAAGGCAAAACAGCACGGGCCUCGCGGUAGUCCGCUUUAUCAGCGGUCUACUCACGGCGGAAGCACACAACAGACGAGGAACGAGGUCGAGGGUUGUUUUACAGGAACGUCUAUAUCUUCUCCCUCUGUCUCUCCGUCUUACGUCUCGGAUUUUCUUACCUUCUCUCCGACUGAAGUAACGUAGACCCGGAAAGUCGAUCGAGAAACGAAGACUUCGAUGUAUCUCCGUGAGAAUGAUUGGCUGUUGAACGUACGACUACCCCGUUCCACGAUCCGACUUCCUUGUAGUCCCUUGUCGCUAUUAGACACGCGGCUGUUUCUCCAGGAUUCGUUGUGUACACACACACACACUUCACACAUAUAUAUACACAUACCUUCGCUUUCGGAUCGAGUGCGACGAACUUUCGCUAUCACUUCCACGCCACAGUACAAAAGAGCUUCGCUACUGCGAGGUAUAUAUAUUACAAAUAUAUAUAAAUAUAUAUAUAUAUAUAGAGAGAGAGAGAGAGAGAGAGAGAGAGAAAGAAAGAGAGAGAUUUUUUUUAGUUUUAUCGUGUCUCAUUUUUCGAAAAGAUCGUCGCAUUUUCUUCUUUUCUCUCGCAGAAGAUAAUGACAAGAUCCGCUUAUUUUGCACGCAAGGUAUAUCUCAAACAGCUUGCUCCGUUGCUGCUACUUCACCUGGAAAAAUAUUCAUUUAAUGUCGUAAUACUUGGCUAAUCUAAUUCAGUUAGAUACUCAUCCUUUCGCUGUUUCAUCUAAGUAGCAAUGUUCGUGGUACGUGCGUUAUUAUUCACUCUUCGGACGGAUUUCGUUUCCGUACGUAUAAGCGUGUAUUUCGAUGGUAUAAAAUAUACGAGACUAAAUGUGUAAUUAAAUGAAGAUCUUUAUCGUGUAAAAAUUUGUAAAAAGAUUCCCCUCGAAUUAUAUAACGUUCGUCUAGACGUUUUACGUACUAAUAAUUGGGAUCCGAGAGAUCGCGUGGAUGAUAAAUGAGCGACAGAAAGAGUGAGUGAGAGAGAAAGAAAAAAAAGAGAGAUUUACUCAUCGAAAAUAAUAGUAUACCAAGUGUCUCUUUCCUCGUUUCCGCUGUUACGGCGAACAGCGAAGACUUCUCGGUUUAAUUAAUGUAUAUUUUUCGUCGACUAAUUACAUUAACAUACAAACAUACAUACACACACAAACAGACACAUGUGCGACUAGAGAUUAUAAACUACCUGUUUUAUUCAAUACUAGACUUCUUCACGAUGUUCACAAACGCUCUCGUCUGGCAGCUGACGAUACAACUCUACCUGAAACAGUAUAUCGAGAAUCGCUCCAUAUCGUUCGUUAUAUUUAUCCUAACAUAGACAAGCAAUCAUUUGUUACUGCAAAUAUUCGUACUUGUUUCUACAUGUUUAUGUUACAUAGCAAUGAAUUUUUUGACAUUUCUUUCAUGUUGUAGAUCUCCUAUAAUAGAUGAUAGAGAAUUUUUUCUUUAUCAUUGAUGUCUGAUGUUUAUAAAGUGUCUUUACACAGUAUAUCUGAUCUUUUCAUACGUAGCCGUAAUAAUAGUCUCGAAGAGAGUUAAUAAAGAUCGUGAAAGUCCAAACUUAACUGGACUAACUUUUUAUUUUACGAUCAUGCAAUAGUUCCAGAUUAUCCAGAUGUCGCAUACAGCUUCGUCAUUGUGAAAUCGUUUUUAUGUAAAUAAUAGUAGAUAUUAAGCAUAAGAGAAAUACUUUAUGAGUACGAGAUAUUUUUUCCACGCUUUAAAAACCUUCCUUAUGUUUGUAACGUUUAGGCUAUUUAAGAUAGGUAAGAAAAAAGGAGAAGAAGGAAGAGAGAAAUAUGAACUACUAUGUUGAAAUUAUAAUAUUACUAUUAUUGUUUAUUUGACUAUUAAGACAAAUAAAAAUGUUCAUGUA